GGUGACCGCUGCUGGAAGUCCAUCCCAGACCCGUUUGAACGCUUGGUGAGUGUGUUUCGUGACCCAAACAGGAUGAAGCCGUCGGUUCUGCUGCUGCUGGCCCUGCCGGCUCUGACCUCGGCCCUACAGCCGGACUGCGAGAACCAGGACCCGUCUUCCACUGACUUGCCAGGCAUGCUUGUGGUGAAGUAUUCCAAGUGUGCUCUGUCCAGGUUUUCCACAUGGCUGGAUCGACUAGCACCGAGGAGCAACUCCCCUCCCUCUUUGAAUCCAGCUCUGAAGAACCAUCACCCUGAAGUAUGGCCUGCUACAAAUCCUCUAAGGCUUCUUCCGUCAGUGAUGAGAAAUAUGGCCGACUCCGAUUCUUUCAAUUUUGACGAAAGCAACCUGGAGUGGAAGACCACGGAUGGCGCCGUCUUCGAAGGAUCUGUGUCCAUCUACAACAGCUACCUUAAACGUGUAGACUACAUCUGCAAAGUGGACUGCAAUGCGGGCUAUUACAACCCAGACAGAAGUAGCGAGUGCGUCUUCUCCAAAAACGGGUAUGGGUACAGCCAGUCGCCGUUUGAGCUGCUGGUCAACAAAGACAACUUUGAGAUCUUGCUGUGGAAGCAAGGCUCCAAAGGUUUUGUGACCCCAUUUUCUGUUAAGACCUGCCAGAACGAAGACAUAUACGUUGGCAAGAACAUGUAUGGUUUGGGCAAAGUGAAGGUGAGUGAUAAGGUUUUCUACCUUCCCUGGGGAAACACUGAGUACUGGUACCCUGACUACCAGUUCCUGGAAGUGGAGAAAGACAUAAGGAAAGAGCACCUGAUGGAGGUUAGGUACCACACAGAGGGCAUCACUCCUGUGGUGUAUCCCCCUGAGAUCCUGAACAAGGACACGGUCUUCAACUACCACUGCCAGAUCAUCAAACGCACGUCCACUCUGUCAAAGAGCAUCUCAACAGCCAGCAAGUGGGACACCACCUUCUCCUUCACGGCGGGAGUCGGCACCACAAUCAAAACCGGAAUACCCUUUAUCGUUGAAGGACAGGUUCAGUUUAGGGCCUCUGUAAGCUACAAGUUGGUCAAAGGCACCACUCAUACCGAAAUCACCACCCACUCUCUUUCCGUGGACACCAUGGUCCCAGCCGGCUACUCGUGCACCAUCACCAUGGCGGGAAAGAAGUACGGCAUGGACAUCCCGUACACAGCGCGCCUCAAACGUACCUACAGUAACGGAGAGACCACGUGGACCAGCGUCAUUGGUACGUACAGGAGCAUCCAGGUCUCAGAAGUCCAGGCUGUGGUGGACCGCUGUGAACGUAUGCCUAAUGUCAAGCCUUGUUAAGCACAGCACACAUCACCCGUGCGGUGUUAUCAUGUCCAGCUGCAAUAAAACUACUAAAGACAAA